AUGGGAACCGUAAUGUCUAUCUCGCUCCGCAAGAAGGCAGUCCUCUUCAAAGAUGGGCCGGACACUGUGGGCAACUUGAUGGAAGUCCAGACCGGUAAGAGCGCAAAAGACAAGACUCUGAAGCGCUACUCACCAUGGAGGUGGAUUGUGAAGAAGAAGAGCUCCAAGAAGGUGCAGGCCCAUGAGAACACCAACCAAAACAACAUUGCCCAUCUGAGUAAUGAGAACCUGGAGAAGUCUCGGUCCUUCUCCAACCUGUCCACCCUCACCCUUGAGAAGUCUCAGUCCUGUGACAAGCUGUCCACCCAGGACCAAGGCACUCCAGCCAUUUCCAACAACGCCGCCUGGUCGGUCGAGACGGCCCCCUUAUCCAACUCAAACAUGGCCCCCGACACGCCCCAGAUGGUGACCGCCCAGGACCUCGACGCUCCCAGGAGGCUGGUGAUGGUCCACGCUACAACCGGCGAGCUGCUGCGCUGUCUGGGUGAGUUCCUGUGCCGGCGCUGCUACCGGCUCCAGGACAUGUCUUCUAUGGACCCGGUGCUGUGGCUGCGGGUGGUGGACCGUUAUCUGCUGGACAACUGCUAUCAGAGCCAGAGCUGCAUCAAUCCGGCCGCUGUGGUCUUCCUCUACAUGCUGUGCCGCGAGGCAGUUUCCUCCGAGGUGGCCACCUUGCACGAGCUGCAUGCCGUGCUGCUCACCUGCCUCUAUACGACCUGCUCCUACAUGGGCAACGAGAUCGCCUACCCCCUGAAACCCUUCCUGGUGGACACCUGCAGGCAGACCUUCUGGAUCCGCUGCAUGACCAUCACCAAGCUGAUGAGUGUCAAGAUGCUCCAGAUGAACACAGACCCUAACUUCUUCUGCCAGGUGUUUGCUGAACUGAAGAACGAGAGCCAGAAGGAGGAGAAGACGAGCCGCCUGCUCAGCGGUGUGUACAGCACUCAGUGA